AUGGUAUUCCAAUUUUCGUUAGAUAAAUUAACAACUAAAUACCUUCCAGGAAAUCAAGUACAAAUGCUACCUAAAAUCUUAAGGAGAUUCUUGGGUUGUCACAGUCCAUCUCCCAAAGCAGAUUAUUGGGUGUGGCUUGAAAUCUUCGUUUCAACUUUCAGUGGAGUAGCUUUAUUAGAAGGAGUCUUCAAAAGCCAUAAUACUGUAUUCUUUCUGCAUAAUGCGCCGAUGAUUAUCGCAAGUUAUGGAGCUACAUCAAUAUUGUCUUUCAACACACAUGAUUCGCCAGUUGCACAACCCAGAAAUAUUCUUUUCGGGCACUUUGUGUCGGCCUUAUCAGGUGAAUGUAUUACCAAGUUAUUUUCAUUGUCAGAAAGAGGGCGCUCCAAUUAUUGGGCUGGGGGCGCAUUGAGUGUAGCAACGGCGUCUGUCUUGAUGUCAUUAUUAAACUGUGUGCAUCCUCCAUCUGGAGCUUCUGCAUUACUACCCUCAACUAAUGAACAAAUAAGAUCAAUGGGAUGGUGGUAUUUGCCAGCACAUUUGGUAUCGUCUGUACUAAUAAUUAGUGUUGCAUUAGUUACAGGAAAUAUUAUAAGGAGGUAUCCUGAGCACUGGUGGUAUCCAGGAUCACCCGCCUCGAGUAGCAAUACCAAUGAAAAAUCUGAAAAAGAGUCAAUUCAUGCUCUUAACGAAGACAUUCAAUAUAUUCAGGGUUCAAGAGAAUUUGAAAUUCGCGGCAACCAGAUAUUUGUUCCUUCUCAGUGUUCCUUGAGCAGGAAGGAGGUGGAAUAUCUUGAGAUUUUACAAAGUAUAUUAAAAGAUUUACCUUUUGAUGAUGAAGUAUAG